AUGGAGUGCAACAAAGACGAGGCUGCAAGGGCAAAAGAAAUUGCAGAGAAGAAAUUCAGAAUGAAAGAUAUUGCUGGGGCAAAGAAAUUUGCCUUGAAAGCUCAAAGUCUGUAUCCAGAGAUAGAAGGUGUUUCUCAGAUGUUAGCGACUUUGGAUGUGUAUAUUGCUGCAGAAAACAGAGUAAACGCGGACGUAGAUUGGUAUGGAAUUCUGAAUGCAAGUCCGCGCGAUGAUCAUGAAACGCUGAAGAGAAAGUACAGGAAGCUUGCUCUAAUGCUUCACCCCGAUAAAAACAGCUCUGUAGGAGCUGAAGGAGCAUUUAAGCAUGUUUCUGAAGCUUGGAAAUUCUUGUCAGAUAAGGAAAAGAGAGCAGCUUAUGAUCGUAGGAAGAGUUUGCAAACAGUUUAUCAGAAGGCUUCAGUUUCAUCUUCUAAUAAUGGUUUCUGUAAUUUCGCCAAGACUAGUUUUACUUCAAAUACAAGGACGACUACCCAGAAAAGCAAUCCGACAACAGAGAAGAACAAUCCGCAAAAGCCAAUUGGCAAUACGCAAAAAACAGGAUGGACUGAUCAUCAUAAAACAACACCAAGCUCAUUUACUACAUCUGGGUCAUCGGAGCAAUCAAAGUUUAGUACAUUCUGGACAGUCUGCAGGAGAUGCAUGAUGCAGUAUGAGUAUCUUAGAGUUUACGUUAACUGUAACCUUCUGUGUCCCAAUUGUCGACAGUCGUUUUCAGCAGUUGAAGUCCGUAAACCGGGUACAUCAAGCUGUUGGAGUAGUGUCAGCAGUCUAAAACGAAACCUGGAUUCAAAGUCAGCUGCAAACCACAAUACUACUUCAGGUGUAUUUAAUAACUCCAAGUGGACAUUCUCAAGAACUAGCAGUGCAGCUCAUGCUGCAAGUGUGGUUCAACAGGCUUAUGAGAAGGUAAAGAAAGAACGCGAGGAUGCAAAAGCAACUGUAAGAAGAGAAAAGAAGAAUGCAAAAAGGAAGAGCACUACUGAUUUUUAUGCUUCUGGUAUUUCACUUAGCAAGAGGAGAGUUAUAGGAGAAAGCGAGAUUGCUUGCUCGGGUGGAAGAAAGGUCACGUACUAUGUGACUGGGGAAACCGGAAAGAACAUGGGAAAGUUAAAUGGAACCAAAGAGAGAGUGGAUAAGUUGUCUCCUGAAAUUCAUAAAACGAUUAGUAAGGAGAAGAGGACGUAA